UUUCAGCUUAUACUUAGAAAGAUAAAUUUCCCGAUUACAGUGAGAAAUCAGCCUAGUGAGUUGUGUACAGUGUUUCGUGAACAUUUAGGGCAUGUCCUGACAAGGGUUUCCGGGUGUAAAAAGUGUUUUUUAAGAAAAUAUUUGAAUAUUCUCAUAUUUGUGUUUGGUCUCAGUAGCGGCGGGUAGUUGAGAUGAGUUGAAGCCCGGCUCUCUGCUGUAUACACACGCAGGGUUCAACACACCCUUACUCUUUACACUAACCGUCCUAAACAGAAAUAUGGAUUAACACAAUUGUCAUGCAGAAUGUUUCCCUUUUUAACAGGGCUUAAGCGACAUUUUUGUAGUUUUGUAUUUAGCUUAAGCCAAGUUGUUUGACUGAGAGAAUGUGUGUCGUAUAGUCGUAAUGUAGAAGGGAGGGACGGGACCGUCCAACCGUUGCUGUCCUAGGGCCAGUCAAGCCGCGCAGUCCGGUACGCGUCAAUCCGGGCAUGCGUAUUCCAGUUAGGCCUGGUUGCGGAGUCCGGUCCACGUCAAGUUGCGGAGUUCGGUCCGCGUCAUAUUGCGGAGCCGCAGGAUUGGCGGAUGUUUAUAUCCUGUCGACCUGGAGCUGUGAACCGUACUGUACAUAAAUAUUCCGCCUGUGAACUAUGCAGGCUCAUAUACUCAGAUAGAGUAAACCAUCCUUCGCUAGAACCAACCUUAGAGUUGUCCAGUCUCCUGGUCUACAUACCUGGAGUAACCUGAACCAGAACCCAUGGAUGAUGGGUUUUCUAUGUUAGAUGAGUUUCAUGAUGAUCAGGCACUAGAACGACAGCUUGAAUCUCUACUUGAUGAUGCUUCCGACCAUCUACCAGAUCUGGAUGGCGGGGUACUUGGAGAAGGAACGCAUGCAUCCUCUUCAGUGGAUGAACUGGAUGUACUGGGACAGGAUAUAUUUGAUAACCCACAACCCCCGCAUGCAACACCUAGCUAUAAUCUUCCAUCACCAGGGGGACCCAUGCUCACCCAGCAUAAUAUCAACCAUCCUUUCCGGUCUAGUAGUGUUCAUAGUGUACACUCACCCCCACACUCUCAUCAUGCUUCUCCUGCAAACCAUAGUAUUCCUCCUUCUCCACAUCAGAUGCAGUCUCCUGCAAGCAUUCCUCCCUCCCCAGCUCAGCAUCAGUUCUCCGUACCUUCCCCUGCACAACCCCCUUCUCCUGCAACCUACCUUCCUAUGAAAUCUCCCGUUAACCUUCCCCCGCCGCAAUCUCCCGCCAAUGUAUACUAUUCAAAAUCCCCCGCCGCCCUCGCCCCACCACAGUCUCCUCAAAGUGUAAGAAUCUCAUCCACUCCAGGUCCUCCGGUGUUGUCCCCUCAGCCUGUUAAUAACUCUCAAAACUCAAUCUUCCUUGCCACACCUUCUCCGACAGGGUCGGUUAUUACGGGAACCUCUCUUUUACCCGGAACCGUUCUGAGCGGAAACCAACUAGGAAUGCAACCCUUGCAACUUCACUCCAACGGGACAAUAGUUAGUGGGGGACAGGUUUAUCAAAUACAGUUGCAACCUAAUGUAUCAAUGCAUGGAAUGGUAACUUCUUCUUCUAUUAGUUUAACACAGGCGCAACCUUCCCUGUCUUUUAGUCAUGGCAAGGGUAAGCAGCCCCAACUGCUUCCCAAACCAACCACUAAUGUUAGUCAACAGUCAGGAACUGUUCGUGUAUCUGGCCAAGGUGUAUCUCAACCUACUCAACCUACCCUUGGAUCAGUGAGUUCCUCAGCUCCCCAGCUCUUCAUCAAUCAAAAUGGUGUUAUCAGUAACGUGCAGCCAGCUCACACUCCCAUCAUCAUGGGACAGAUGAUGGCCCAGGCGGGGCAUGCUGGGACUCCAAUGAUAAUUCAACAGCCCUCUGGUGGACCCAUGUUUGUUCUCCGACCAAACAAUCCAGCUCUUCAAGCCAGUCCUACCAUAGUUCCUAUAGCUGCAGCUCAGACAGGGCUAGCCGGUCAAUUCUUCCUGCAGCAGGGUCAACAGAGAGGAAUCCUGGGUAACCAGCAGGUUAAACUUAUUCAGAACCAGGUUCAGAUGCAACAAAUUCAAACCUCCUCCGGACCCAAGCUCAUAGCUGUGCCAUUCGGUCAAACCCUACUCCAGGGUCAAAAUUUGAUCGCAACUCCAUCUUCUGGGGGUAUGCAGAUGGCUGGUUUAAACAGCUCCGGACAAAUACAAUUCCAAGCUGCGCCAAACAUAACCUUCUCUACUGCUUCAAUCAUGCCUAACAGCUCACAGGGAUUUACCUUUCAACCCCCCACCUCCUCCCAACAGUCAUGUAUAGGAAACAAUUUAGGAAUAAAGACAACUCAAAUCUUUCAACAAACCUCAGCUGGGCAAAUUACUCCGAUGAUAUCUUCUCAUGAAAACCUGAAUCUAGGAGUAAGUGCUAUUCUUGCUCCGAGUCAAUCUGUGAUACAACAAAAUACGCAACACAGGCCGGGUACUGAUCCCCCAGCAAUGUCUCCUCCAAAAAAGAAGAAAUCUAAGAAAAAGAAAAGAGACUUUGAUGAUGAACCUUCCCAGCAAAUGAAAAGUGGUACAGUAGACCUAGGAGCUCUCAUGAAAGAUGUCGGUCUUGAUCUUGAUGAUCUGGACAGCUGGGAUCAGAACCAGGAUAGUUCAUCUAAUAUAGAUAUUGGAUAUCAGAUCAGUGGGGUUCAGAGUCUUAAUUCUUCUCAAGAAUCAACUUCGUCCUCGGAAACUGAAUCCAAUACCCAACAUCUAUCCCAGGCAGAUAUACUACAGGGACAUGGACCACAGCUAUUCGUUCCUCAGCUAACGUCACAUGUUUCUCAACCAAUGACCUACACCACACAGGUGUCCUCCUCACAAUCUCAGCCCGUUCUUCAAACCUUAUCUCAGGGUUCAAGGAUGAGCACAACUCAAAUAGUUACCCCACAAGGAAUGAGCUCUCAGUUGGUUCCAUCCCAGGUUCUUAACUCAGUAGGUCAGAUGAUGGCUCCUCAAUUAAGUGCAGGAUCUUCUUUUCAACUGAUCCAAGGACCAGACGGACAGUUUAUUCUUCAGAGUAGUGCUACUCCUUCUCAACCUACUCCGACACCUGAACCUAACCUACCCCCUCCAACACCUGAACCUCAACCCCCCGCUGCUGUUACACCACCUAGAGCUUCUCCUCGUCCUGCAGCUAGAACUCGGCAACCCAUGGAUCCAAACAGAACUCCGCUCAUGGAGGAUGAAACCCUUCCGCCGGGUUGGCAUAGGAAGGUGUCUCAGAGGAAGAGCGGAGCAUCCGCGGGUAGAUACGAGGUGUUUAUCAUUGGCCCGUCUGGGAAACGAUUUAGAUCUAGAAAUGAGUUAAAAUCCUUCUUUGAGAAAACGGGGGAGAGCACUCUGAACCCAGAUGAUUUUGAUUUCUCCACAUUCGGCCGGAACAAUCCUAAGAGUGGAGGUUCAAGCUCCGGGAUUAUUCCUUCAUCCAAUCCUUCAUUUCCUCAGCGAGCUUCAUCAUUCAUCAGUCAGUCAUCCAUUAAUCAGUCAUCCACCAGUACAUCAACCAUCCUUCAACCCCCGUUGAACACUUCAUCCAUCCAGCAGUUUUCAUCCCAUUCCUCAGUAUCCCUCUCCUCUACUGCUCCAUCAUCUCUUAACACUGUUUUCAAUACAUCUUCCAUUAAUCCCUCCUCUUCAUCCUCCUCUGUAUAUUCCUCAACACAAUCUAAUAUUCAGGGUAUUCUUGGAUCUCAGGUUCCCCAGGUUCGAACUACUCCGUCUCAACUCAACCCGCUAUCAGAGACUGAGCUAAUCAAGAAGCUUGAGGUUACAGGGAUGGCAUCUGUAGCAGCAGCUAGAGCUCUAGAGACUGGAGUUCAAAGCUUGAGUUCAAGGAACAAUCUGCUCCAAUGUAUUCAGCAACCUCUGCCCCAGUCUGCCCUGGUUAGUCCUCCAGUGCUUGAGAUGUCCCGGGAUCCAACCCGAGCUCCGAGUUCUCUAGACAUACAUAAACCUCCUCCAUCCCUAGAUUUAUCUAGUUUAUCAAUCCCUCCUUCUCCUCUACAGGAUGCUGAUGAGCAGAUCUCAAAACUAUUAAAAACCCUUCAUCAGCAGCCUGGGAUAAAGAGUGAAGAAGAGAAGAUGGAGGAUAUCUUUAACUCCUUGUCAAGCAGAAGAAUUAUCCCUCAAACCCGUCCUCAUGGAGUAAAAUCUCCCGAACCACCGGUGAUCACGUCAAUGAAAUCCUCGGUGAAAAACUCCGGAGUGUUUAAUGAAAACAUUCCUUCUCCCUCGAUGCCCAUCCUGCUCCCCCAGGUUCCAAUAUCAGAGAGUGCCAAGGUUCAAGAAGGAGGAUUGUUUCAGAACUCUUAUCUCGAGAAUUUAGCUAAAACUCAAAUUGGAGAUAAACGAGGACGAUCUCGAAGUAGCUCCGGAACCGUAAAUAUACUGAGUCCAGGACGGAUGCCUCCUCUUCUCUCUCCGACCUCGGGACAAAAAGAGCAUUCUCUCAACCAAAUGAAAUCUUCAUCUGUGAUACAGCAAACCCCAAGGUUCGACUCUAGCUCAGCUCAGGGUGGACCUCCGAACGUGACAAUCCAAACCACAAUACCCGCCCCGGCAGGGAUGAGUAUGGGCGGAGCAGGAUCCCAGAUCCGAGCUAUGCAGCAUGCUCCACCCAACACUAGACUAGUCAGGGGACCCAACGGUCAAGUUACUCUUCAGAAGUUUCAAACAAUCGAACUAUCUCCUGGAAUGCAAAACACGUUUAAGAUGGUUGCACAAAGGAUAUCUGAUAUUGAGGCUAAGAUUGUUAAGACUCCUCAGGAUGAAGCUGAGCUUGCUUCUCUCCAGGCUAAACAACAUCAGAUACUAUCCACUGGGAGACCAGUAUCUAACCAGCCUGUUUCACAACCCAGCAUACCUCAACCAUCUCCCUACAGAGCUCAUUUAACCCAACCUAAACCUAACUUCUUACUGAGACCCAACCCUCCUCUGAGCCAAGCUCAACCGGGUGCAGGUUCUAACGGUCCAAAUCCUAAUUUUAUCCAGGGAGCUCAGCAAGAUUCUAGAAUCAUUUCUCAAAUCCCAUUCAACAAACUUGCUCAAAAUAUACCAGCUCAGAGUCUAAUGGAGGGUGCAGCUCCCUCCCUAGUUCAAUCCAACCCUGGAUUCCAUCCUUCCUCGCUGCCACCACAACUCAAACCUUCUCAACCUCAACCUUCCAUAAUUCCUCCGCUGACUGAAGUACAGAAGAAAAUUGUCGCCGAGUUCAAAUCCAAGAUAUCUAAUCUUCCUCCAGAUCAACAGCAGGCGUUCAUUGCUCAAAAUAAAUCGAAUCUCAUUCGUAAACUAAACUUCCAACCUUCACAAAUACAUACAUUGCAGGGAGGACGACCUCCGCUCAAUCAACCUUUACUUCCUCCCAUUCAAAUUGAACAGCCCCGACCUCCAAUGAUGCUGCUCCGACCUCCGAUGGUCCCUCAGACUAUCCUCCCAACCCUCCGUCCUCCUCCAACAGUAGUCCCGGAGCUUCAUAGUUUAAAUCCUCCGGAGUUUGGAGUAAUCAGACAACCAACCCUUCCCCCUGUAAUCACCAAGGCUAAGAAAAUUGCCUGGGUCGAAUCUCAGAUCAAGAAAGAUCAACAAGAGGCUGUGAAUCCUAAUUUUAAAACUCCGUUCCGGAGCAAGGAGGACGCAUGUAAGCGCCUGCUCAGAUAUCACGUGUUCGAUAGUCCCAACAUGACCCUGGAGGAAUGGAAUCAGUCUGAAGAUGAGUUUGAGACUAAAUCCAUCGCCCUGUUGGGUAAAUAUCACUCUAUGCUGAGUAAAUACCAUAUUCUGCUACUCCAGGAGAGCACUAGACUGUGUUCCAGCUCCGAGGAGGUUAUGCUGGCUAGACACUGGGAAGCAGACGAACGAGCAUCUUUAACAAAAGAGAAAGAAGAAUAUGCCAGAAUAGUUUCAAGGAUCAACGAGCUUCAACUAAAACCAAACCUCGAGGGAGACCAGGUGGAUGAGUUAGAAAAUCUACUGGAGAAAGCGGAACCUGCAUUUCCUCCGAUCCCUAGCUCCUGGGAGUCCAGGUAUGAACAGGUUGUUGGAAAACCUUAUGAAUCUUCGUCAUUUCCCGGCAAAGAACAUAUCAAACAUAAAGUAUUUUGCAAGAAACUAGAUCGGGUUUCAACUCAGCGCCUUACUCCUCUUCCUUUGGCGGAUAUUAAGAAGGAACCGGAUCUCUCCGAGAUGCCUGUUUUAGAAGACGAAAGGUUAUUCAGAUUUACCGAUUCAAAACUAUCUUUUAGAUCUAGAAAUAGUUCUCAAGCAAGUUUAGAUUCAUUUCGUUCACGGAAUGAUUCCGGAGCUUCUAAAAAAGAGCUUAGAGUCAAUUUGACGAACUUGAUGAGUUUCCCGAACCUAAAGAAGGAACUGACAGAGACUGGAAGUAUAUUUAGUUCAUCCUCACGACCUCAGAGCACUGAUCUCUCCUCCCCAGAACAUGGAGGUUCAUUUGUUGGACUUAAGUUUAACCGAACUACCACGGGCAGAUGGUCUGCUUCACUUAAACGUGAACUAGAGGAGAACGAGGACAACGAAGGCGGAGAUUAUCUUAGCGGCGGAGAAUGGAAAAAGAGUAGGUUAUCGCCCAGGUUUGGUUCGGACAGUGAUGACGACUUCACGCUGGCGGAUGUUGGCGGAGAGGCAGCUGUUCGAUCCAUGCUGGAAGAGGAGGUUGAGGACGAGGAUGACGAGGAGGAGGACGGAGAAGGAAUGAGAUUCUUUUCCCACGGAAACCUUUUUGAAUCCAAUCCGCGUGGAACUCCUGGGUCCGAGGGAGCGGAUAAUGACUCUGUACAGAACGCGAUUAACUCUAUACUAGAUUUACAUGACCGGGGUGGGAUUGAGACUCCUGAUGACCUGACUAAUCUGACCGGACUCCUGGACUCGAUAGAAGACGAGGAUCCAGCAGAUCCUAACCUAGACGCAGCUGUUAAAUCUAUUCAGGGUUUAUUGUAACCCUAUCCUGUAUCCUGUAUCAUGUAUUCAAUAUCCUGUAUCCUGUAUUCCUGUGCCAAAUAAUGAAAUCUCCCCCCCCCGCAUCCCUUCGCGCGGCAUUCUACUUCUACAAUUAGUUAAAUUAUUUAUUUUUGCUACUUAAAUGGUAUUAUUUUAACUGAA